AUCAAAGGUUGCUCUUAGUGAAGAAUAUAUAGAUACAUAUCUAACAAUACCACCCGACGGAGGGUGGGGAUGGAUUGUGGUAGUUACUUCAUUCUUUUGCAAUUUUGUUGUUGAUGGGGCAAUUUACACAUUCGGCCUUUUUUUAAAUGAUAUCAGUAAAGCAUUCAAUACCCUACCGACAAAUAUAGCAAUCGCUAGUUCUUUAAUGGUUGGCUUUUAUUAUUUAUCAGGUCCCGUCUCAUGUGCACUUGUAAAUCGUUUAGGAUUUCAAGUGACAGGAGUUAUAGGUGGAAUCAUCGCUGCUGGCGCUUUCUGCUUCAGUACGUUCACUACCUCUUUUUACACAUUUUUGAUAGUUUUUGGAGUUAUUGGGGGUUGUGGCUUUGGUCUGGUAUAUGUACCGUCGAUUAUAGUAAUUGGAUUUUACUUCGAAAGAUGGAGGGCUUUGGCCACUUCAUUGGCUGUAACAGGCUCGGCCGUUGGAAUUAUAGGCUUUCCCUUUAUUAUAGAAGGUAUUUUGGCGAACUACGACUGGAAAUCAAAAUUUCAUGUUAUAGCAGGCAUUUGCGUAGUAGUUAGUGCAGUGGCACUUUUUUAUCGACCUUUAAAACCAACACGUGUCUUAACUAACAAGGAUAAAUCAAUUGUUCAAGUUCUCUCGAUUGGAGAUGGAAGUGUAUACUUUCAGGAAGUCGAAGACAAAGGGAGUGAAAGGAUAGGAUUUUUUCGGUCUAGUGCUUCAUCCAUUUUCAUGACUAGUACUGCUGAAGGAAGCACAUCCACCUUUCUCAAAAGUACUGCCUCGAAAACUGCCGAAACUCGCUCAGAGAGAUUGGAUAAAACAAGUAAACUCAGUACUGUGCUCGAAGUCGAAAACGCUCGAAGUAGAAAGUGUUUUUAUAGACUUUGUUGUCGGUUUAAAUGUUGCAGAGUUUGUUGUGACGCAGAAGUUCCAAACAGACCAAUGUACAGAGACGAUAUUUUUUAUGGAGCAUCGCUUUUCACCUUAUCCGAGUACGCUCAAUCGAAGGCUUCACACCUAAGCAAAGCGAAAAGUAUGGAUUAUACAAUGUCUGUAACAAGAGUUGACUUGUUAAAAGAAACACGAAAUGAACAAGUUUUUUGUAAAUGUUGUCCGGAGUCUAUUGUUAGAACAUUAACAACCAUGAUGAAUUUACAAUUGUUGAAAUCUCCGUCAUUUUCUGUACUUAUCCUUAGUGGUUUUUUGUAUAUAUUAGGCUUGUAUUCUCCUUUUAUCUAUAUCAUCGAACGAGCGGAUGAAGUCGGUGUGGAAAAAAGCCAGUCAACUUUUUUCUAUACUGCUUUGGGAAUUUCAAACAUCUUCGGACGUAUUUUAAGCGGAAUAGCUUCAACACAUCCUAAAGCUAAGCCUUUGGAAAUAUCUUAUGUGACGUUGUUCAUUUGUGGAAUAUCAAGUAUUUGUUCUGCCUUUUUCAAAAAUUUAAUAGCACAUUUUGGCUACUGCAUCAUAUUUGGAUUAACAAUGGCGACUUUUACAUGUUUGAGAACUCCAAUACUGGUAGACCUGUUAGGAUUAGAAAACUUGACAAAUGCCUUCGGGAUAGUGUUAUUAUUUAAUGGUAUUGCUGGAUUUUUGGGAGUGCCACUCACCGGAAUGAUUGUAACAGCAACCGCUACUUUUAAUUCCAGUUUUAUUUUUGCGGGAAGUGUCCUAACUCUUGCUGGAAUUUUACUUUUGUUUGUAAAGAUGUUAUCUCAAAAAGAAAAGAAAGCAGCUGCAAACUUUACAGAUUACGUGGUGGCUAUAGGUGAUACAGUCACAGCAAAGAAUGUUAUUUUUGCUUCUCUUAUGUCUAAUGAACGCAUAUCCAUUUAUUUGAGUGAUCUUUCGUAUGUGGACCAGAUUAAUUUCGAGAAUUCAGCUAUCACUAUUCAAGAUAAACAAAUCGCGGGCGUCGAUUAA